CCUCCUUCCUCGUCUCUCUCUACCUCUACCUCUCUCCCUUCCUCUCAAUUUGAUCAACCUGCCUUCAAUCACCAUCAAACCAUGCCGCUUCCUGCCAACGUCCACGUCUCCUCCCACCCCUGUCUCCAGGCCAAGCUCUCGCAGCUGCGCUCCAAAUCCGCCUCCACCCGCGAGACCCGCGACCUCGUCCACGAGAUUGCUACCAUCCUGGGCGUCGAGGCCUUUGCAGCGAGCCUGAAAACCACCCGUCGUGGAACGGAUCAAACCCCGUUAGGCUUCGAAUAUGAAACCCAAGAUAUCGACCCCGCCAACGUGGCACUGGUGCCCAUUCUGCGGUCAGGGUUGGGCAUGACUGAGGCCAUCAACAACCUCCUCCCUUCCUCUGUCCCCAUCUAUCAUCUAGGUCUUUUCCGAGAGAGUUUCUCCCUCCAACCCGUCGAGUACUACAACAACCUGCCGUUCCACCGCCAGACGUCAGACACCAACACGGCCGCCGCCGACAUCGCCAUUCUCCUGGACCCGGUCAUCGCCACCGGGGCCACCGCCGAAGCGGCCAUCCAUCUGCUGCGCGAAUGGGGCGUUAAGAAGGUAGUGAUGCUGGGCGUUCUGGGAUCGGAGCCCGGAGUGAACCGUGCCAUUCAGGCCUGGCCGGAGGGCGUGGAAUUGUGGGUGGGUGCCGUGGAUGAGCAGUGCAAUGAGCGCGGCAUGAUUGUCCCGGGACUGGGAGAUAUCGGAGACCGACUGUUUGUUGCGAUGGGGAAGUGAAGCAAGAAUGAAAACCGACCACAUAUAUAGAUGAUAUAUACCCUAGUAUGGAUAGGUAUAAGCAUAGAAGUAACGAUCAGAAAACGUUCAU